UAGGAGAAAAGAAGAGCCUGGAAAACUGAAUUGGAAAAGGAAAUAAUGUACCUGAAAGAAGAGGUCGCUAACCAGCUGGAUAUGAAUUUAGAAAAGGACGAGGAGAUUGAAAAAUUGAAAGGAGAGGUAAUUAAAAUUGGAAAGGCAAUUGAAGGUCUGGAAAAUGAGGUCAUCGAGUUGAUGGAGGAUAAUGAGAAGAGGAAAACUAAGAUGGAAAAGGAAAUAAAGGACCUCAAAGAAGAGUCGAUGAACCUCCAAUCACUGAACAUGGUAAAGGACGAGGAGAAUGAAAAUUUGAAAAAAGAAAUAAUUGAAAUUGGAAAGGCAAUAGAAGGUCUGGAAAAUGAGGUCAUCGAGUUAAUAGAGGACAAUGAGAAGAGGAAAGCUAAGAUGGAAAAAGAAAUAACAGACCUCAAAGUAGAAUUAAUUUACCUGCAGGAUAUGAAUUUGGAGAAGGACAAGGAGAUUGAAACAUUCAAAAAGGAAGAAUUGGAAUUUGUAGCGACAAUUGAAGCUCUGGAAAAUGAGGUAUUCGAGUCGAUGAAGGAGAAUCAGAAAAGGAAAACAGAUAUGAAAGAGGUAAUGAACAACCUCAAAGAGUUGAUGAAAGAUUACGAUAUGAAUAUGGAAAAAGAUAUAGAAUAAAACUUGGAAUUGGAAUAUGAAAAAUAAGAAGAGGAAAUCGAAGUAAUGCAGCCGAGGUAGAAUGGAGAGCAAACUAGCCCUGUUCAGAAUAGGCCCCAGAAGCUGGCUGGAGAACGGACGGCAGCCAGGUGACCACAGGCCACUCACUAGCCCUUUCCAAAGGAGGUGCCCAAACCUAGCUGGAGAACGGACAGCAGGCGGGGGACCAUCGGAAUCUCACUGGCCCUUCCCAAUAGGGACGCUCACUGGCCCUUCCCAGAGGAGGCGCCUGAAAAAAAAAAAAGCUGGCUAGAGAGUGGACGGCGGCCGGGGGACCGCCGGACGGCUCACUAGCCCUUCCCAGAGGAGGCGCCCGAAAAAAAAAAAAAAAGCUGGCUGGAGAGUGGACGGCGGCCGGGGGACCGCCGGACGCUCACUGGCCCUUCCCAGAGGAGGCGCCCGACAAAAAAAAAAAAAGCUGGCUGGAGAGUGGACGGCGGCCGAGGGACCGCAGGACGCUCACUGGCCCUUUCCAGAGGAGGCGCCCGAAAAAAAAAAAAAAAAAAAAAAAAAAAAGCUGGCUGGAGAGUGGACGGCGGCCGGGGGACCGCAGGACGCUCACUGGCCCUUUCCAGAGGAGGCGCCCGAAAAAAAAAAAAAGCUGGCUGGAGAGUGGACGGCGGCCGGGGGACCGCCGGACGCUCACUGGCCCUUCCCAGAGGAGGCGCCCGAAAAAAAAAAAAGCUGGCUGGAGAGUGGACGGCGGCCGGGGGACCGCAGGACGCUCACUGGCCCUUUCCAGAGGAGGCGCCCGAAAAAAAUAAAA